AUGCCUCUUUUGACAGUGCAACCCAGGGAGCUCAUGUAUCCGUUUUGGCAGAAUGACACCAAGACCCCCAAAGUAGAUGACGGAAGCUCAUCGGAGAUUAAGUUGGCCAUCCCAGUUUUCUUCUUUGGAGUUCCUUAUCGAACUGUCUAUGUCAAUAAUAAUGGGGUUGUUUCCUUCAAUGUGCUGGUGAGCCAGUUUACUCCAGAAUCCUUUCCUCUGACAGAUGGUCGGGCCUUCAUUGCCCCAUUUUGGGCAGAUGUUCACAAUGGAAUUCGAGGAGAGAUCUAUUACAGAGAGACCAUGGACCCUGUGAUCCUGAGACGAGCCACCAAAGACAUCAGGAAAUACUUCAAAGACAUGGCCACCUUCUCUGCCAUUUGGGUGUUCAUUGUGACAUGGGAGGAGGUCACGUUUUAUGGCGGGAGCAGCACCACACCUGUAAAUACCUUCCAGGCUGUGUUGAUCUCUGAUGGUGCAUCCACAUUUACGCUCUUCAAUUAUCAUGAAAUUAACUGGACCACUGGAACUGCAAGUGGAGGUGACCCCUUGACAGGUCUUGGUGGAGUGAUGGCCCAGGCAGGAUUUAACGGGGGAAACCUCACCAAUUUCUUCAGCCUCCCAGGGUCAAGAACCCCUGAUAUCGUGAACAUCCAAGAGACCACAAAUGUGAAUGUCCCAGGUCGCUGGGCCUUUAAAGUGGAUGGGAAGGAAAUUGACCCAGCAAAUGGUUGUACUUCCAGAGGGCAAUUCCUCCGACGAGGAGAGGUAUUCUGGGAUGACAUGAACUGUACCAUCAAAUGCCGCUGCCUGGACUUCAACAAUGAGAUUUUCUGCCAGGAUGCCUCCUGCAGCCCCUAUGAGGUGUGCGAGCCCAAGGGCAAAUUCUUCCACUGUAACCCACUGGAGAGUAGCACUUGUGUGGUAUUUGGAGAGCCUCACUACCAUACGUUCGAUGGCUUCCUCUUCCACUUCCAAGGAUCGUGCGCCUAUCUGCUGGCUCGGCAGUGCCUGCAUGUGUCCAGCCUCCCCUUCUUCAGUGUGGAGGCCAAGAAUGAGCACCGAGGGGGCUCAGCUGUCUCAUGGGUGAAGGAGCUCUCCGUGGAGGUUUAUGGCCACAAAAUUCUCAUCCCCAAAGGAAGCUAUGGACGAGUAAAGGUUAAUGACCUGGUGGCUUCUUUGCCUGUCAGCAUAGACUUGGGGGCUGUGAAAAUCUACCAGAGUGGCAUGUCAACUGCCGUUGAAACGGACUUUGGGCUCUUAGUGACAUUUGAUGGCCAGCACUAUGCCUCCAUUUCCGUCCCAGGCUCCUACAUAAACUCUACCUGUGGGCUUUGUGGAAACUACAACAAAAAUCCACUUGAUGACUUCCUCCGCCCAGAUGGGAAGCCAGCCACAUCAGUCCUGGAUCUGGGGGAAAGCUGGCGUGUAUAUCACCCCGAUUGGAAAUGUACCUCUGGCUGUGUAGACAACUGUACCCAGUGUGAUGCAGUCACAGAGGCUCUCUACUUUGGUACCGACUACUGCGGUUUCCUCAAUAAGUCAGACGGUCCUCUCUGGGAGUGUGGGGCUAUCGUGGACCCCACAAUCUUCAUCCACAGCUGCGUAUAUGACCUGUGCAGUGUCCAGGAUAAUGGCACACUCCUCUGCCAAGCCAUCCAGGCCUAUGCCCUUGUGUGCCAAGCCCUUGGCAUUCCAAUCGGAGACUGGCGAAUCCAGACCGGUUGUGUGUCCACUGUACAGUGCCCUAGCUUCAGUCAUUACUCCGUAUGUACUAGCAGCUGCCCAGAUACGUGCUCUGACCUGACUGCCUCCCUUUCCUGUCUCACACCUUGCACGGAGGGCUGUGAGUGUAACGAAGGCUUCGUCCUGAGCACCAGCCAGUGCGUCCCCCUGCACAAGUGUGGCUGUGACUUUGAUGGCCACUACUAUACCAUGGGGGAGUUCUUCUGGGCCACAGCCAACUGCACAGUGCAGUGCCUGUGCGAGGAGGGCGGGGACGUCUACUGCUUUAAUAAGACCUGCCGUGAGGGGGAAGUCUGCUCCGUGGAAGAUGGCUACCAGGGCUGCUUCCCCAAGAGAGAGACCGUGUGCCUUGUGAGCCAGAACCAGGUGCUACAUACCUUUGAUGGAGUCGCCUAUGCCUUUCCAAUGGAGUUCUCCUAUACCCUCCUGAAGACGUGCCCGGAGAGACCCGAUUACCUGGAAAUCGACAUCAAUAAGAAGAAGCCAGAUGCAGGUCCAUCGUGGUUGAGAGUCAUUCGGAUCCAGGUAGCCGACCAGGAGAUCAAGAUUGGAGGAAUUGGUGCAUCUGAAAUCAGGUUGAAUGGUCAGGAAGUGGAAUUACCUUUUUUCCAUUCUUCGGGGAAGCUAGAAAUUUUUCGGAACAAGAACAGCACCACUGUCGAGUCCAAGGGCGUCGUCACUGUCCAGUACUCAGACGUGGGCAUGCUGCACAUUCGACUGUCCACCGUCUACUUCAACUGCACUGGGGGACUGUGUGGUUUCUACAAUGCAAAUGCCACGGAUGAGCUCUGCUUCCCCAAUGGCAAGUGCACGGACAAUGUUGCAGUGUUCCUGGAAAGCUGGACAACCUUCGAAGAGAUCUGCAAUGGAGAAUGUGGGGACUUGCUGAAAGCCUGUAACAAUGACUCAGAACUGCUCAAAUUCUACCGCAGCCGUUCCCGGUGUGGCAUCAUCAAUGACCCUUCCAACAGCUCUUUCCUGGAAUGCCAUGGGGUUGUUAAUGUCACCGCCUAUUACCGAACCUGCCUCUUUCGCCUGUGCCAGAGUGGGGGCAAUGAAUCCGAGCUCUGUGACUCUGUGGCCCGCUACUCGAGUGCUUGUAAGAAUGCUGACGUAGAGGUGGGCCCCUGGAGGACCUACGACUUCUGCCGUAAGUCUUGGGGGGUGGGUGGGAGAAGACUUGCCUGGGUCACCUCGGCUGUUGUGGGGCGAGGGGGAAGCGAGGUGCUCUGGGAACUUGGAUUCCCCCCUGAGGAAAUGAGUAAGAAUCUUUGUGGAGGCUGGGAAGGGGCCGUCACUCAGGAGCCCCAUUUGUUUCAGCAGGAGGCGAGGGCCGGCCCCAGGGGCGAGCAGGCCAGCCGUCCUUGGAGGGCUCCAUCUUUGGCGGGCUCGGUGGCCCGAGAGAGCCAAGGGGUUAAUCCCAAACCAGUCCAGGAGAGCGAGGAGGUCCGGAAUGGGCAGCAGCUGCGUAUCAGCAACCUAAUCUUAUUUGAUGAUAGAGAGACACAACCAUUGCCUUUGUGCUUGGAUAUUUUUAACCAGAGCCGUUGCUGGCAGAGACAGGCUGCCCAAUUAACUCUCGACUGCCCUGAGAACAGCCACUUUGAGGAGUGCAUGACAUGCACAGAGACCUGCGAGACCCUGGCCAUUGGCCCUGUUUGCGUGGACAGUUGUGCCGAGGGGUGCCAGUGUGAUGAGGGCUAUGCCCUAAGGGGCACCCAGUGUGUUCCCCGCAGCGAGUGUGGCUGUAACUUUGAGGGGCACCAGCUCUCCACAAAUGAGACAUUCUGGGUAGACUUGGACUGUCAACUCUUCUGCUAUUGUAACGGGACAGACAACAGUGUCCACUGUGAGAGCAUCCCCUGCAAAGAUGAUGAAUACUGCAUGGAGGAGAGCGGCCUCUACUAUUGCCAGGCUCGCACGGAUGCCUCCUGCAUUGUUUCAGGGUAUGGCCACUACUUGACCUUUGAUGGCUACCCCUUUGACUUCCAGAGCAGCUGCCCGCUCAUCUUGUGCACCACCAUAAGCAGACAGAGCACAGACCAGUUUCCCAAAUUCACAGUCACAGCCAAGAAUGAAGAUCGAGACCCAUCGCUGGCCUUGUGGGUCAAACAGGUGGAUGUGGCUGUUUUUGGGUACAGUAUUGUAAUCCACCGGGCCUACAAGCAUACAGUACUGGUCAAUAACGAGCGCUUGUACCUACCCCUGAAGCUGGGUCAAGGAAAAAUUAACAUCUUUUCCUUUGGUUUCCAUGUGGUAGUGGAAACUGAUUUUGGGCUGAAGGUCGUAUAUGAUUGGAAAACCUUUCUGUCGGUCACUGUGCCCAGGAACAUGCAAAAUGGCACAUUUGGCCUAUGUGGCCGCUACAACGGGAAUCCUGAUGAUGACCUAGAGAUGCCCAUGGGCCUAAUGGCCUCAAGUGUCAAUGAGUUUGGGCAGAGCUGGGUAAAGAGGGACACUUUUUGCCAGGUGGGCUGUGGGGACCGCUGCCCCUCCUGUGCCAAGGUAGAAGGCUUCUCCAAAGUUCAGCAGCUUUGCAGCCUGAUCCCCAACCAGAAUGCAGGCUUUGCCAAGUGCCACAGCAAAGUCAACCCCAGUUUCUUCUACAAGAACUGCCUGUUUGAUUCCUGUAUUGAUGGAGGAGCUGUGCAGACGGCAUGCAGUUGGUUGCAGAACUAUGCUAGCACGUGCCAGACCCAAGGGAUUGCAGUCACCGGCUGGAGGAACUACACAUCUUGCUGUGAGCUACCCUCUUUCUAUAUCCCGCCAUUCUUCUCUCUUCUUGGGGAUGAAUUUUAUGGGGGGAAAGCUGAAAAGAGAGUAAAUAUUCUGGGGUGAAAGUGCUGGCACAAACAUGGAAAAAGUGGAGAAGGGCUAUAGAAGAAUAGGUACAUAGUUCUAGAACCUC